AUGCCGGAGGGUCCUGAGCUCCAUUUGGCCAGUCUGUUUGUCAACAGGAUGUGUGAAGGGCUUGUGUUUACUGGAGCUGUUGAGAAGUCUGAAGUGAGUAAAAAUCCUGAGGUCCCAUUCUGCUGCGACGCCUACUGCAUCAAAGCCCAGUCCAGAGGAAAAGAGCUCACACUCUCACUCACGCCCAUUAAAAAUGAUGACGACGGUAAACGCAAAGUUAGUAAACAUCAGUCCCAGCAGCCGAUGGAUGUGGUUUUCCGAUUUGGGAUGUCAGGGAUGUUCCACUUCACCUCAGUAGACGAUCUUCCAAAACACGGCCACCUGCGGUUCUACACUAAUGAGAACCCACGCAGGGUUCUGAGUUUUGUGGACACACUCAGAUUCGGCGGCUGGCACCCAAAUGGGACCUGGCAAAAAAAGAGAGGCCCUUGCGUCAUGUUUGAGUACGAGAGCUUCAGGGAGAAUGUUCUUUCAAAUCUGUCUGACAAGGCAUUUGACAAACCCAUCUGUGAGGCGCUCCUAAAUCAGAAGUAUUUCAACGGGAUUGGGAACUAUCUUCGAGCAGAGAUUUUGUUCAGAUUACAAAUCCCCCCAUUUACGAAGGCAAGGACGGUUCUAGAGAGAAUUGAGCUGAAAGAAGAGGAUAAAAAGGAGAUCAAAAAGAAAACAGAUAGAGCUGGUAAGAAGGGAGUGAAGGUUGAGAGCCCAGACCUCCUUUCUUUGUGUCACGAUGUUCCCUUCGAGGUGGUGAAAUUGGGUGAAAGUGGCUAUGGGACAUCAAAAGGGAAAUAUUCUGUGAUACAAGCCUGGAUGCAGUGUUACUGUAAAGAUGGAAUGAACUCAAUAAUUGACCACAAUAAACGGACAGUUUGGUUCAAGGGGGAUCCUGGACCUAUGGUGCCCAAAGAUGCCAAAUCUCGCAAAAUGAAGUGGAAAAUACAGAAAAAUGAUGAUUAUACUGAUUCAAAGAAACCCAAAAAGACACGCACCGACAGCACUGAAAUAAAAAAGCCUGCCAAGAAAAAGGACAACAUAAAGGUAAAGAAAGAAAGUGCAACCUCCAAAGCACAAAGUGGUUCAAAAAGGCAGAAAAAAGUCACAAAAAGGGUCAGUACAGAACCUGCAGAUGAGAACAAAUUGUCGAAAAAACAAGGAAAGAGAAGCUCAAAAGUUCCUCCAGGGACUGGAACUAACAAAAUCAAAGGCCAACGUGUGGCGAUUAAAACUAAAAGGAAUUCCAUCACCUGCAGGAAAAGUGCAACAAAAGCAAAGCCACAGCGGAAAAGUAGUGGAACAAGAAGAGGCCGUUCCAGAUGAUGUGAUUCAAAUCUGAAUACUUUUUUUAUAAGGAGAUGAAUCCGCAAAAUACUGUAAUGGACCACCCAUUUCAACUACUCAAGUCUGGG